GUAAAAAAAAUUCUUUAACUAAAACUUCAACAUCUCUAUCCCUCUCUUUUUUUUUUUUUUUUUUUUUUUUUGAGAUAAAAUUUUGGAUUAUUGUGGCAUUAGACGUGACGCAGGGACUGAUAGUGGUCUUCGCAUUCCUUAAAAACCAUAACUUUUAAUCUGGUCUCAUAAGUUAAUCAAUGAUAAAUAAAUUUAUUUUUUCAUGUUUAGUGACUUCAUAAAUUAAUAUUUUAACCUCUAACAAUUUCAUAUUUGGGUUUCAAUCCUUGAAGAAAAAGUUUCUAUUUAAUUUUUGAAGCUUAAUUUGAAUUGAUAUUAAUAAUUGUAUAGAAAAUGUGAAUUUGAUCGUACUAAAGUACGUUUUUCGAUUAUGAAUAGUUUUUAUUCUUUUCUUGACAAGAAAUGGAAAAAUUGAAAACCAUUUGAACCUGGAUUCAUUUUGGUUGGUAGUAAAUUGGGUUAAUUCGAUUUUGUAUUUCAAAGUUAAAAUUAUAUAUUUAAUUUUAUUGAUUUGAUUAUAAAUAUUAUAUAAAUUAGUUGAGAAAUGGAACAGAUGGGAUCAAGUUCGCCUGAGAUGACGCCUUGGCAUUCUAUUAUUGAAAUUGAGCAUGGACAUUCCUCCUCCCAAGAGGUAUUUCAAACACUGCUGUGUGAGUUUGAACUAAAUGUAUAAGAAAGAAAAAGAAGUUUGAUCCUCCCAACAAAAGAUGACAUCAAGCCCGCCUUUGCAUUGCCUUUCGCCUGAUAUUGAGGAAGGUGAUGUUAAGCAUGGAAUUUCCCCCUCCCAAGAGGAAAGUUUUACAAUUUUCAAAGUUCCUCAUCGACUACGUGAAGUAAAUGAAAAAGCCUACGAACCAAAUGUGAUUUCAGUUGGCCCCUAUCACUACCGUAAGCCACACUUGGCGAGGAUGGAAGGUUUCAAAAAGAGGCAGUUUGAGAAGAUCGCUAAGAAAACUAACCUUGGUCUCAACCAAUUUCGAGAGGCGAUGAAGCACUUGGAAGGAAAAACUCGCAAAUGCUAUGAACAACCUCUUCAUCCUGAUCUUGAAGUUGAAGAAAAUUUUUUAGAUAUGAUGGUGUAUGAUGGUUGCUUUGUUGUACAGCUAAUCUGGAUCGGUCAUCUAUAUGAUUUUAGGGAACUGGGACAACAUGUUUCAUAUGACAUGCGGUACGAUUUGUUAUUACUAGAAAACCAACUUCCUUUCUUUGUAAUUUUGGAGUUGUAUCGCAUGAUAAUACCAAAUCCUGGACCUCGAGGACAUUUGACUCAGUUGGCUGCAUUUGCUCUUACUUUUUUUGGAAGGCAUCCCAUCUAUUUACCCGAAAAUACUAGUAUCAGACAUCUUCUACAGUUGGUACAUGAUCCUUCUCAAGAAAUCCGAGUAGCAGGAACAAAAGAAGUAGAAUACUACUUUCCUAAAAGAAAAAUCCAAAGCUCACGGAGCUUGAUACCUAGCGCAACAGAGCUGGAAGAUGCAGGAAUCCAUUUCUUUGGUGUCUCUAUCCAAAAUAUGCAAAACCAGGAGGAGGGGAAAAUGAACAUGUUUGAUAUAACGUUUGAUAAUGGCACCAAAGAACUCAAGAUUCCAACCUUAAAAGUCGACCAUUCCACAGAGCGUACGUUCCGAAAUUAUAUGGCCUACGAACAAUUAUGGGGGGUGCGAAAAUACUAUGUUGAUUAUGUGCUAUUCAUGGAUAAACUCAUCAACACAGGCAAGGAUGUGGAGCUACUCCGUAAAAGUGGAAUUAUUGAUAAUUGGUUAGGAGACGAUGAAGCAGUUACCAAAAUAUUUAAUAAACUGGGGUAUUUCGUUUAUUACGACACAGAAGCCUUCUACUAUGAGGACAUAGCUGAUCGAGUGAACAAGCAUUGCAAGAAAGACUGGAACAUAUGGAAGGCAAAAUUGAAGAAAGAUUAUUUUAACACUCCCUGGUCCCCCAUAUCGUUUCUUGCUGCGCUUGUCUUGCUCCUGAUUACUAUACUACAAACUAUAUUUUCGCUUCUUUCUUAUUAUCAGCAGAGGCAGGAAAACUACAGAAGCCAAAGUGUAUGAUAUCAAACCAUCGUCGCCUUUUUCUGGUGCCUUGGGUUGUUGAUCAGGGGUUUGACUUCUGCUAUAUGGGAGUUUUUGAAUUUCAGGCCGUCCUUUAAAGGUGUCAUCUUGUUUCUAAUUUAAUUUGUUUUUGAAUUUUGCUAUAUCGUCGCCUUUGUGGAUUCCUCUUUUCAUAUCACUUAAUUUGUAUCUGUCCAAUAACCAUGGCUUUAGUUUAUUAGUCAGGGUAUUCAUUCCA